AUGACCCUCGCCGAAGAAACCCCCCUAGAAGCGUUCCGCACCUGGCUCCUCCAAAAUGGCGCAACAAUGCCUGCGCUCGACUUCAAACCCUCCCUCGAAGGCAGCGCCCCCCGAGGAACCGGGCUCUUCACCCAAAUCCCGCUCUCCCUGGCCGCCGAGGAAACAAUCGCCAACGUGCCCUCGCACCUCCUCAUCAACUCUGAUCUCGUCCUCCGGAUAUCCCGCGGGGACACCCCCGCGGCACGGCGACUGAAGAAGUGCCUGGCGUCGUUGGAGGCGGUGGAGAUGAGUGUGAGCCAGGCGGCGUUGGAACGGCUCUUUUUGCUGGUCUUUCUGUUGUGGGGGUGGAGUAACGGGCAGGUGGACGAAGAGGAGGAGGACGGUGGUGGUGAGGAGUUGGAUGGCGAAAAGAAGCGGCUGAGUGCGGGGUUCUGGCUGCCCUACAUCCGCAUCCUCCCCGACCUAGACGACCUCGACACGCCCAUCUUCUGGCCCGAAUCCAGCCCGGCCCUCGCGCUCCUGCAAGGCACGCCCCUGGCAACCGCCGUAGCAGCCAAAAAGAACAAACUGAACCGCGAAUUCGGAGAACUCAAACCACACCUCCAACACCUCCAACCGCCAGGAGUCACAAUCACCGAACAACGUUUCCUCUGGGCUGACGCGGUCUUCUGGUCCCGCGUCCUCUCCCUUGGGUCCGCCCUCCAGAUCCAGCCGGACGUCAACGAAAACGCCGCCAGCCCGGACGAUUACCACCUCAUCCCUCUAAUCGACCUCUGCAACCACUCCCCCGACGCUUCCAUCCGCUGGAAUAUUUCCUCCUCCCCCUCUUCCUCCCCAUCACCAGUAAUUGAUUUACGAGCAGUAAACGACACAACCCUCCCCGAAAACACAGAACUCUUCAUCUCCUACGGCGCCAAACCCAACACCGAGUUCCUCUUCCUCCACGGUUUCGUCAUCCCCUCCAACCCACAUAACGCUCUCGUCGUCUCACCCGUACCCUUUAUAGAAAGCACCUACCUCCAAACCGAGGAUGAUGACCUCCCUGAUGUCGACCAAACAGCUAUUAAAAACGCGAUUCAGGAGAAAAUGGAGUUGUUGGCUCGUCUGGGUGUACCACCCAUGAUCUAUCUCUCCCCACCCACCGGAGACGUGACCGAUGAGACUCUGAGUGAGAUCGGACCACAUACACCCGACCCGACUUGCGGGAUCGUGUCACAGGAGGGGAUGGUGGCGAUGUAUGUUGCCGUAUUGACGGGUGAGGAUGGGUUUGGGAGGGUAUCCAAGGCAUCCGAGGAGGCUGAGGGUGAGGGGGAGGAGGACGGGAUGUUUAUGGUGGGUGGCAAACGGCUUCGGGAAUGCACACCCGAGGCGUUUUGUAAGAUGGUGGACGAGAUGGAGCAUUAUGAGGUUAUCAGACUCCGCGUUUGGGCCGUGCUCUUGGGGGUGGUCACCUAUAAGCUGGCCGAACUUGUUGCUCAUGAGCCUCCCAACAACUCCACCGACGAUGUGGAUCCCGUCACCGACUCCACGUCACGUCUCCUCCUCACCAACGAAGCCGCCCCAUCGGAGCACGACCACCCACACUCGCCGAAAGACGCGAUCAGAACAGAAAAAGUGCGGAUCUUCCGUGAGGGGUUGAAGGAUUUGCUUGUGGGGGCUGUGAGCGUGUUGCAGGGGUUGCAGGAGACGUGGGCGGGGGUUGAGAGUGUUCAGGGGUAUUUGAGGGGGAUGCAGGAGGAGAGGGAGGAAAGGGAGAGUGACGGCAACGAUGGGGAGUAG